AUGACAGAGGAAGCUAUUAUUCGUAAACUUGUUGCUGAUGGAGAUGGUACUGGUGAUGAUAGAAGGAUUUUACAUUUAUUUCAAUUAAUUAAUAGUCUUGGAAAAUCAAGCGAUUCUAAAAGUCUGUUAAACAAAAAUCAAGAGAAAAUGGAAGAAGUUAAAAAACAAUUAGCUGAAGCCAAACAAGUUAAAAAGAAUCAACAAGAAUAUGAUAAUAUUGCUAAAAUGAUUAAAGAAAAACCAAGUCGAGCAGAAACUACGAAAAAAUUAAAAAUUUUACAAGACGAAUUGGAAGAGGCUUAUUCUAAACAAAAGAUUUUGGAGCAGAAAUUAAUUGAAAAAAAGGAAAGUAUAAGUACCUUGGCUGCUCUUCUUGAUGAAUUAGACGAAACAAAUAAAGAACAGGUAGAGGAUGUAUUAAUGGCAGAAGUAGAAGAAGGCCCUGUAGCUCCUCCUCCUAUCAACAAUAAACCAAAUACAAAUGGGGAAAAAGUUCGGAAUGAACUUGAAAUGUAA